GCGCCCCUUAAACUAAAAUGUAGAUAGGAGAAGGGUUUCGUGUCACUUUCAAGUGUCCAUCAGUAACUCAGUUUGUCGCGAGGGCAACAUCGAACAUCUCCUGGGUGGACUUGAGGACGGCACGAGAGGGAUUAAGGCGAUGAUUGUCGAGAAAACUGUUGAAACUCCUUAAGUUCGCCUUGUUUGACUAAAUGCGGAGCUGUAACCGAGUACUGAAGAACCAAAGGGGAGUUCAGAAUGGCGUUUGAUGGACGUCAGAGCGCAUUUGCAAAUUCACUCUUUCACAGCUAUCAACGUCAGGUGGGUGUUAAUGCGGGAGGUGGAAAUGGCAGUACGGUAGCAAUACCCUUCAUUUCCAUCCCCAGUGCGUCACAGCAGGAACAGGACACUGCAUCCUAUAUGCCCUGGUCUUAUUCUACUCAGGAUGAUCCUUAUGAACUCAUUAGAUGUGCCCAGCCCAGCAUUAAAAACAGGAAACCCCCUGAAAAUGCUGAUUAUGGUGGUGAGAGUGAUCUACAGGGUCUAGUGUCAAAUAUUUUGGAUGAUGCAGAUUCACAGGAUAGCUUCUACAGUGAAGGGACCCUACCUACAUGCAAUCCCAUCUGGUCUCCAAAGACAUUGAGUGAAGAACUGCUACAGUAUUUAGAAUCUGAGGCAAAAAUGCAGCAUAACCCUUCCUUUACUCCAAACUAUGUAUCUCAGGAAAGUUUCAGUAAAGCACAGCAUCGGUCAGGAGACAAAGAUGUUGGUGAGCUAAUGCAACAGUCGAAUGGCCUUGUUUCUAAUCGACAGUGGCUUUUUAAUGGAGAGAGCUACCUACCCCAUCCCCAAAAGCUGCCACCAGGUCUACCAGUACCAAAUGCUGGAAGCAGCUAUACAUCACAGAUGCAGCAGAACAAACAUGUCAACAUGCCAUCUUAUAAUAAAGGAGUCAAUGGUCAGGCUUUUAAUAAUUUUCCUGACAUCAGUGACAUUUUUAGACCUCAAAGUGAAAACAACACACCCUGUUUUGAAUCUUUCUAUGAAGAUAACUACAUCCAGAACAGCAUAAAGCCAAAUGGUAAUGGGCAGUAUGUACCAGAACACAUUAACCAUCUGGUCAGCAGCUUUCAGUCAUUAAUGACACAUGGGAAUGAUGGUGUGUAUUGUGGAGACCUGGGAAACAUGCAUAAGCAGAUAGUGGGCAUGGACCAUGAAGACAACGUGGCUGAACAAUGGAAAAUAACCAGUCCUACAAUGUCAAGACAGAAUUCUCCUGGAAAUCAGAUUCCAAAACAGCUGAUGGGGGAAUUGGGGACAGUGCAAAGAGAAAGAAACAGAGUGAAGAAACAAACAUUCAAAAAGGAUGGCUUUCAAGAUCUACCCAAUUUCUACCCUCAAAGCACAGAGUAUGUCCAACAGCCAAAGCAAUUCCCUACACUGUUAAAUCCCCCAAAUCAAUACCCCAAAAAGAUGGUGCAUAGAGAGAACAUAAAUGUAACUACAAACCAGUAUUCAAAACAUCAGCUGCAGAAUAAGACAAAAUCUCAGGUUCAGAAAGAAAAAAGCAAAAUGCAAGCAAAUGGAUUUCUAAGAGAGGGCUUUGCUAGGAGGCCCCAGUUCAACACUUUCAUGAGAGAGGGGGAAGCACAGCUCCUUUCACAAAACCCAUACUUUGACUUCCAGGAGACUGUGCAGUAUAAAAGAUUUGAUGGUGAAAACGGCAUGGUCAGUGCAGGGAAUGUACAGCAGUUCAUGCCCUUAAUGUAUCCUGUAAAUGACCCCAGGAGGUACUCGGGGAUCCCUGUCAAAUCCAACUUCAGCUCUAGAUCCACACAGCCUUAUGCAAGUAGUGUUCCUGGCAUGGAAGCAGAUGAUGUGAUUCCACUUAAUGAAUCUGCAGCUUUCAACUCCUACCUCAGCGAUAUGAGGACCCACAGAAGGGACAGUACUUAUCAUGGAAUGGCCUCAGCAAUGACAACUUCAGUGUUAAGGAAUCAUGGAGGACCAGUGAUUCAGCUUUACUUCUACCUGGAUGAGUGUUAUGAGCAGUGGAGGUGUUUGGAGAAGGAGAGAAAAAGGACAGAAGUCAUCCUUACAAAAACAUUUCUUGAGAAAAGAAGUCCAGCAGUGACCAACAGUAACCUGCCCAAAACUCCACCAAAUCCCACAAGAGUUGACCACCUCAUUGUUAAUCAGAUAAAAGAACAAUCAAAGGUGGCAAGUCUUCUGGAGAAAAUGGAGUGUCUAUGUGGUGUUCCCCUUCCAGCAAACAUCCACACAGCCCUGAAAAAGAAUCAUAUGGCCAUUUGUGUCACACAGGCAAGAUGUAAGGAGGAGGCUGUGAACAUGACCAAGCACCAGUGGCAGAGACCUAAUUUCACAAAGGACCGAGACACCUUGUUGGUGGUCGUGGCUCUGAAGGACCUAGCUGCUACCACUAGGAAGCUCUGCACAGCUCUGUGGUGUGCCCUCCAGAUCACACUGCCAAAACCCAUCAUCAUCCAGGAUCAUCAUAUUAUCAAGGAAGACGCAAACAAGGAGAAGUGCCCUUCUUCAUUUGAAAGAUACUCUUUUAGGUUAUAAUUUAGCAAGCGACAAGUAUGAGUUGAAGAUAAAAUAAAAGUCACUCCACAUUGCCCUGCUUUUAAGUGUUCUAUAGCUAGCAGGGUCAAUGAAACAAAGGUUAUUGUAGUAUUACCUAACUGAAAGUCAAAACCACAUUUUAUCUGCAACACAAAGAUCACUGCAGAGUAUGAGAUGAGCAAUUUAAAAGUGCGAUGACUUCAUCAUUUGGUUUCAGAGAGCUUCUUUCGUUGUGUAGGAAUUGCAUGAAAUAUUUUAUCCUGCUGCAUCUUAACUUAAUUUCAUUCAAUUAGUGUCAGACGCAAUCAACACAAAUCUUGCACCAUCACUGUUGUAUUUAAAGGCACUAUUUAUGUAGAAGAUUUCAGUCAAUCUUCAUUGUUUUACUUAUUUAUUGGAAUGUAAUGGAACCUCAGUUCUGGGUAUUCCCAAGCAAUAAUUGAUUCUCAAGGGCAGUAGCUUAAAAUGAACAUGCUAAUUAUUAAAAUGCUUUCUGAAAUAUUCCAACUGAUUUCAACAGCUUCAGUUUUUCAUAUUUAACUUUAAAAUUCUACAAUGGGAAAAGUUUUUAUCUGCAAUUUGGUGCCACUAAUGUAAAUUUCUAAUAAAAAAUAUAGAUUUUAAGUUUUAAUCACACUUCCAGGUAGAAACAUGGUAUUAACAGACAUAUCGGUGGGAUGUUAAACUCUGAAAACACUGAAAUGUUCAAAUACUUGCUGCAUAUCAGUGUCAAUAGUUUUGGAUAAAUGUUCCAUUUAGUAUUUAACACUUUAAUUAUUUGUUAUUAACUGUAAUCAUAAUUCUGUUAUGUGAAAUGUAGUCUUAAGCGAAAAUAUGGUCAAGCUUUAAAGUGUAGCAUCUAAAAAAUUGAAUGCAUUAAUCAAUUAAAAAACAUCAGUGAAUUGACAGUUUGUCAGCAAGGGACCAAAACAUUGAGGCAUUACAAAGAUUUCUCAGGAAAUACAUAUUGUGUCAUUUCUUCCCUCGUGUGCUUUGUGAAUGAGCAGUGUUGUUCUAUUCCUGCUAUUUUAAUGUUUCUGUUGGAUUUUUUUCUUGUUUGAAGUGGAAAAAAAGCAAA